AUGGAUAUGCAAGUGCCAAUGGGUCAACUACUUUUGCAGCAAAGUUAUUUCGAUAUUAGCGCGAUUCCAACUCAAUUGCCUCUAUCUCUACAACAACAGGGUUUCGUUCAAGAUCCACAAGUCCCUUCACUAGAACAAAAGCUCGCACUGAAUGAGCAAACAUUAGCUAAACCCAAAAGAAAUCAGGUGAAGAAUGCCUGUGUUCAUUGCCAGAAAGCAUGCAAAAAGUGCGACGAUGGUCGUCCAUGUCAGAGAUGCUUGAAAUACAAUUUAGCAGAUACCUGUAGAAACUCAAUUAGAAAGGAACGUCAAAAAGGCAUGAAAAGAGGACCUUACAAACGAAAGCCUGGAGAAUCCAACGCUCCUCAACGCAAGACCAAGAAAUCAUCCUUGGGCCAGACCGCCAUGAUUGCAUCAAACGUCAUUUCACAGGGCAUCAAUACACAGACUACAUGUUCUUCAAUGCUUGUGCCACCUUUUGUUACACCUGAUACAUCGCCUAAUAACAAUAAGGAAGUAUUUGAACAUGCAUUGGCCACAGCCACAACAUUGCCUAGCCAAAGUACUAAAAUACCAUACACAUUUAAUCAUCAUGACUUGUUGAUGAUGCCAUUUUCACUUGCUGACGAUACACCAACACUGCAGCAGGAUCAUUUUCCACUAGCAACAACAACAACAACAACAAUAACAUCACAUGAGUUUGAUCUGAAUAAACAACAGCACUUGAUGAAUGACGUGCCAGCCUAUAGUACAUUAACAGCGUCGCCAGCAGCAGCAGCAGCACUAGCAUCACAAUUUCGAUUUAUAUCACAAAAUGACGACUUUACGUUAUGA